GUCACAUCCGCGCUGCAGCAAAGUGGUGAUGUAGAAUCUUCCUACAUUUAUUAAUAAAAAUCUUUCUUUCUUCUCUAUAUUUUACGUCCUCGAUCUGUUGUAAAUUAUAAAAGCGAAGUUAACUGAGCGUGGUCAGGGCCGGUAAAUCUAGCGUAAAAGCGUAUCGCCAAUCGCGCGAUCGAUCGUUCAUUCUCAGCUGGCGCACGUGUCAAUCACGCGUGCGGCUGUUUUCGUUGAAGAAAAGUUCGAUAUGGUUUUCCUUUCAUCUUGAUAUCGUGUAUACUGAAUGUCUACAGUAUUAUCAUUUUUUUUAUUUGCACGAUUAAUCGAUGCUACUGCGAAUGAAGAAUAAGUUUUGUUUUACGUAUAGGAUUGGUUGGAAGUAGGUAGACGCAUGUAUUCGUUGUAGUUAAACAUAAAGCACAUCUUAAUAUCGAUGGAUGGAAUAUUAACGAAGGUAAAGAAGAAUAUUAACGAUAUUUAUAUUGGUCCACACUGGGGCACAUCGAGGAUACGUACGGAAAUAUGUUCGCGUCGCGAAAGGUCUUUGCGCUGAAUAAUUUAACGCCAGGUGAUCGAUUCUCAGGUGAGCCCUAGAGACGCGGCAAACUCUAUUCCAGCCGACCUCAUUUGGCAUUCGAUCGAAUUGCACAAUUAUACUGCAUAAUAUUGAUGCACAUUUACAUAUUAUAUAUCUGCAAUCAUUUGCUAUUUGCACUUUCAAGUCGCUAUAAAACGAAACUAUACAACUCUUCUUUCGUUUUAUAGACUCUAGCUUAAAGUUUCCUCGUCUACUAUUUCAUUUUUCUGAUAACAUGAAGGUUUUUAGGGAAGCCGAGAGUUUUUAUUUAAAUCGUUUGGAAAAUUAUUAACUUUGUUAUUGGGAUACGAAAAAUAAUUCUUCAUCAAGUAUCACGUAUCUUUAAGUUGAUUAUCAUGCAGAGUCCGUUUCGUCGAUGCAAUCUCGUUCAUGAUGCAGUGAGGUGAGUCAGUCCAUUGUCCGUAUUUUCCCGUGCUGAUUGAUUUAAAAAAUUGAUGUUGAUACGCGCGCUAAAUUCGAGUUGCGUGUACCGAUUCCGUAAACGAUAGGCGAACGAGGGAUGCGUGUAUAUACGUUUGUGGAAAGUCGCAUAAAACGGAGGCGCCACACCGUCUGUACCUGGCGCUCGAUAAAACUACAUUGCAUUACGUGAGAGCACCAUAAAGCCUUAUUUUUUUCUCCGCUCUCUCUUGCUCGCAUUUUCUCCGAAUGUUUCUCUUCUUUUUCUUCAUUUCCUCGUUUCUGCUCAUUGCAGUCCAGUCAAACGAUCGCACGUUACAAAGAUCAUUAGCAAAACUAUGUCACAGUACCACGGCACGUUUAUUUUGCAUAACGAAGCGAAAAAGCAUUGGUCACGUAAUUCCUAACGGAUCUUGUAUCAUAAAAAUAUUUCUUGCAGUUAUUAAUAAAGAUCGAGAUGAGUCUUACUCUUGGAGAGAAUUGUUUUUACAUCAACUACGUAGAGACAUCAGGAAAGGCGUUGCAUUUAUGAUGAGAUUGUACAUUUACGUCCGCGUGAAAUAAAACGUUUUAUGAGACUCUCGCGGAAAACGUGUACUCCAAUAUUAGAGGAAGACAUCUCGUAUAAAAGUUUACGACUGGCACACCGGUGCCUAAUACAUUCCGCUUUAGAUGCUUGACAGAAAUUAUUUUCAGAGUUGCUUUGCGAGGUCAUAGACAAAUCGAUAUAUAUAGAAAUCAAAAUAACUCAUAUGUCAAAGCUUUCUUCUAUUUUAUAUUGCAAUUGGAAAUACAGAGGACACAGGAAGUACAUGAAAAAGUGUACAUGUGUUAGACAUCGUAUAUAUAAUACAUUACUCGAGAUCAUGAAACGGACGUUGUCGACCUAGUUUUGUUGUUGUACUUGGGUCUCUUAGAAACUUGGCGCUAGACCACCAUCCGUGACAGGUAUAAUCUUUACAAUUAUAUCAUAGGCAAACGCAGCUAGGAAAAUUAUUUCCAACCAAUUGAUGUUCCAACGCUUCAACCUACUUUAUUUUUAGUAACAACUUCAUUGCAUACUUGACUUAUUCUGCCUUUGAGAUUUUCUUGGAGAACAAGAUGUGGUUCUCUCCAUUUAAUCUCGCUUUAUCCAGCUCAUAGAUCACACUAAGUUGUAGAUGUUUCAUCGAGACUGAAAAUUUCCAGAAAUUGAUGUCAAAUAUUUUCGUGAACCGCGAGUUUUGAGUUUUUCAGUGAAGAAAGUACUACUUUAUUCAUGAUUUUUCAUCAUUAUCCGAUAACUGAAAUCUCGAAAAAUCACGACCAACUGGCCUGGUUCGGUUGGAACCCGCCAUCUCUAGAGAUGAUCUCGUAUCAUCCUCCCUUAGGUAUCUUAGGGGUGCGUAAUGACGUCAACUGCGGUAACACGCGCGGCGCCGUUGCAGUUCGACAACGCGCAGUCGCGCGGUGCCACGAUCAAUGUGCGGGAGUUCCGUCAGCGCAAAUUGCACGAGGGCUAUGGUAGAACAUGCGCGCGGGUGGACUCGUCCUGCGGUAAAAGAGAGAGACUCGCGUGGAAUUCUGACGUGGAACCGAUGAUGUAAACGCGUUUCCUCGUGACAUCGCGAAUUUUUCAAAAACUACACGAGAAUCAAUACAAAGUGCUAUUACAUUUGUUCAAGAAGAAAGCUGGACCAACGUUGCAUCAAGCUUUUAACAGAGAGUGCUACGACGUGAACCUUUCGGCGUGUUAGUCCUGCAAGAUGUAGAAACACAGUGCGAAAAGAAAGAAUUCUCAACGCUUGAUUGCUCGUGACUAAAAGUCGAAGAAUAUUCUAUUCUGGUCGAGCUGAAAUUGCCUGUGUUAAGGUAAUUAAUUUACCACCUCCUCAUCCAGAAACGAGUACCAAGGAAUUUAUCGAACGAUAAGUGUAUAGCUUCGCCUUGUGUAAUCUGGAACUAGUAUGUGUAAUCUAAAGAUUUUUGCUCGAUUUAUCUAUCCAGAACAUUAACAGAGUCUCAAGAAUGCCGUUGAAAUCGUUGAAUUAAUCGAUUUAAGAGAACCACCAGAAGAAUUUUCGAGACGACUAGUUCGAAACGACUGUUAAUACUGUUCGUGCUCAUUUAGUCAGUUACGUUUUCGCCCGCGUAAGAUGUGCAAGUGCACGUAAGACAAUUGAUUGGUAGCUGAUUGAGUAGUCAGUGGAACCCGGCAGGAUGCCGAAGCCAGUCCCGGUGGAGAACCUGGUGAUCCCGCCGCAGGAUGGCCGCAUCUGCGGCACGAUCUGCAUCUGCCAGAUGACGAUGGUGUUGUCAUCGGUCGCGCUGGUAUAUUUGACAGUCGCGAUCUACAUGCCCAGUGGACGGGCGUUCCAGUCGGGUAUCACCGAGGUGCCCGUGAUGUGCACGACAAUCCGCGCGGUGAACGCUGACAGUUGUGACUGGGGUAGCUGCGGCGAGUGGUGCCUGUCCAAGACCUCCGGUCCGUGCGUACAGAUUCACGUGAAUCUCCGCCGAAACGGCUCAACUAUCCUGCUAGCAAACUGUACGAACACGACGAACAAGACGUGUUACGGGAUCGACCAGGAGAACGCGAAGAAGUCCAAGUGCAUCGCGGACGAGUGUCGCAAUCUCACCGGCACCUUCAACUGCUCCGCUGGCACUUGCAUUAACAUCACCGACGCCUUCGAGUGCAUGUUCCACGACACGGACCCACCCCUCAAGUGUUCCGGUCGCCGCGGCAAAAUCACCUGCAUCGACAUCGACGGUUUGUUCAACUGCAACCGCGGCACGUGCGAACGCAUACGGACUCCCUAUAACUGUGAUCGUAGAUGUGUCGACAUCCCGACCAGGAACAAGAACAUAAUCCUUCUCAGCGGCGACAAGGUGUACUUGAGUCAGUGCGAACGUGCUAUAGACGUAGUGAGUAAUCGAGAGAUCUGGCAUGAGGAUCGAGGUGACAUCAUGAUGGCGUCCUGCUACGGUAUUUUCAAUUCUACGUUGGGCGUGGAGGCGGUAGACUGUAUCAACGGUUCCGUCCUAGAGAAGGAAUUGCUGACCGAUCUGACCAACUUUACGUAUCUGUCCUACCUGAACAUAUUCGCCACGAAACCUCUAGAUGCCGAUAAGCUGAUCGCGCCGCCGGAGCAGAGCUUGAUCAUCGCCAACGAGAGCCGACUGAUGAUCAAUCUCGAGGGAUGCGUCAACACCCUGCGGGACGAGUGCAGGGACUUCCUCCACGAGUACGGGAAGGACGGAUCCGAUCACAACGCGCGUGCUAGAUUCCCGUGUUACUAUGCCGAAGGCAACACCGGCGUAGUUGUGUCCCGUUUUGAUCUGCAAACCACCUAUAAAGAGUUCUUGAUCGCGCUAUUGCUGCCAAGUAUCCUGUUUGUCGUCAGCUGUCUGACUCUGAUCUUCUGUCAGAGGACAGUCGUCGUCGGGGACGACGCUAAAAUGAGGUUCAAGGGCAAGUCCGGCACGCUGGUCUCGAUAGAGAGGAGCGCGUCGGGCAACUUAGGGGAUGCUGGCGGAGGAGACUCGGUUAUGGCGCUCUGAGAUCCGUCACGCAUUCCCCUCCUGGAGGAGAGUCCGGCUCGUCAGUCGAUAUUCUCCCUGCGCGGGCAUUACUGAGGUGUGGGGAGGGGGGGAACGCGUGAUCAAAAACUUCUCACUUUGCAAUUUAACAAAAAGCGACACGUACACACUCCUGCAAAAA